CUUCGCGCCCUACGGCAACUGAAUGAAACCAAUAGAGAAAAGGCGCGAAAGGGUUCGGCUGCCUUGGAGCCUUGGACUGUGGCCGUCAUUCGAAGAAGAUGGAAAAAAUCGACGAAAUGGAACCCGAAUUUCCGGCAUUUCCUUACAAGCCUUACUCGAUUCAGUUUGAUUUCAUGAAGGCGCUGUAUAAAUCUCUUAACAAAGGCGGAAUCUCCAUGCUUGAAAGCCCCACUGGUACGGGAAAAACUCUAAGCAUCAUAUGUGGCGCUUUGCAAUGGGUGGCUGACCAAAGGAAGAAACAGAAUAGUGAGAUACAAGAUGGGCCCGACAAGACCAGCACAAAUCAAAAACAGUUUAAUUCAGAUGACGAGCCUGAUUGGAUGAGGAAGUUUGUUGUAAGUCAAGACCAUUACAAUCAGGAGAAGAAGAGUAAAAUAAAAGAAUUUGGUGUGGGAUUAGGAAGACAUAAGAAAGAAGGUCCCAAGGAUAAUCAUCAGAACUUGUUUUCACAAGAGGAGGAAGACCAUUUGGUUAUGAGGGAAAAAAAGAAUAUGCAGACUCCAAAUGAUGGUCUGGAGAUGGAUGAUCAAGAGUUUUUGGUGGAGGAUUGUGGAAGUGAAGAUGAAGUGGCUCUUAGUAGUGGGAAGUCAAAGAGGAAGGUCAAUGGGGUUUCAAACAGUUCAUCUAGUGAUGACGAAGAGGAGCAAGAGGAAUUUAAUGAAGAGAAGUUGAAAGUUUACUUUUGUAGUCGAACACACUCACAGCUAUCACAAUUUAUAAAGGAGUUAAGGAAGACUGUCUUUGCAAGUGAGUUGAAUGUCAUUUGCCUGGGUUCUAGGAAAAUCUUUUGUAUUAAUGAAGAGGUGCUCAAACUUGGUAAUGCAAGUCACAUAAAUGAGCGAUGCUUGGAGCUUCAAAAGAAAAAGACUACUGAGACAUCCAAAGCCAAGAAGUUAGGUGGUGCAGGAAAAAUGUGCCGGACCAAGGCUUCUUCUGGGUGUCCAAUGCUUAGAAACCCAAAACUGCAAAAGAAUUUUAGGAGUCAGAUAUCUCAAAGAGGAGCCUUAGACAUUGAAGAUCUUGUUCACCUUGGAAGAAAGGUGGGAACGUGUCCUUAUUAUGGCUCCCGAAGUUUGGUCCAGGGUGCUGAUCUUAUUGUCCUACCUUAUCAGUCUCUUCUAUCAAAAUCAUCCCGUGAAUCUCUUGGCCUUGUUUUGAAGAACAGUAUUGUAAUCAUUGAUGAGGCGCACAAUUUAGCUGAUUCUCUCAUCAGCAUGCAUGAUUCGAAGAUCACUUAUUUGCAGCUGGAGAAUGUGCAUCACCACAUGGAGAGGUAUUUUGAAAGAUUUUGCAGUCUUUUGGGACCAGGGAAUCGGAGAUAUAUUCAAACUCUAAUUAUAGUUACUCAGGCUCUCCUUAAACUCUUACACAAUGAGGAAGCGUCUUAUGUGGAACCUUGUCAAAGUAAUAGUACUGGAAAAAAUGGUACUUUGGACUAUUCAAUGGCUAUAAAUGAUUUUCUCUUCUCUCUCAACAUAGAUAAUAUCAACUUUGUAAAACUGCUACAGUAUAUUAAGGAAAGCAACAUCAUGCACAAGGUUAGUGGAUAUGGAGAGAGAAUUAUUAGUCCAAGAAAUGACUUGGGAAUGAAAACUUCUGGAGAAUGUUACGAGAAGGAAAGUACCCUCUCAAGCUUUAGGGCAUUAGCUGACAUGCUGCUAUCCCUUAUUAACUUUGAUGGAGAUGGAAAAGUGAUCAUCUCUAAGAACCGACCAACAAGCUUAGGGGAGCGUGGAGGAUAUAUAAAAUUUGUUAUGCUUACAGGGGACAAGAUAUUUUCUGAGGUUGUAGAUCAAGCACAUGCUGUUGUUCUCGCUGGGGGAACUUUACAACCUAUAGAAGAAACAAGAGAGCGACUCUUUCCAUGGUUACCCUCUUCUCAGUUGAAUUUUUUUUCGUGUAGUCACAUUGUUCCUCCAGAAAGUAUUUUGCCAAUGGCUGUUUCCUCCGGUCCUUCGGGUCAGCCUUUUGAUUUUAGCUACAACAGCAGAAGCUCAUCUGCUAUCAUAAAGGAGCUUGGGCUUUUGCUUUGUAAUUUAGUAACUGUGAUUCCAGAAGGAAUUGUUGUGUUCUUUUCUUCGUUUGAUUAUGAAGAACAAGUAUAUGGUUUAUGGAAAACUUCAGGCAUCCUUGACAGGAUAAUGAAGAAAAAAUGUAUAUUUAGAGAGCCUAGAAAAAAUUCUGAUGUGGAAUCUGUUCUUAAGGAAUACAAGGAAAACAUCGAGGCAUUGUCCAAGAAGGAUCCAAAACAAAAUAUUUCGUCUACUAGUGGUGCGGUGCUAUUUGCUGUUGUUGGGGGGAAAAUAUCGGAAGGCAUCAACUUAAGUGAUGGGAUGGGUAGGUGUAUUGUCAUGGUUGGCCUGCCCUACCCUAGUCCAUCUGACAUUGAGUUGAUGGAGAGGGUGAAGCAUAUUGAAAAUCUGGGGAAUUCAAAUUCUGUAAAGAGUUCGAAGUUUUAUAAUGAGGUUCCUAGUGGAGAUGUUGAAACUGGUUUGGAGAUCUUGAGAAGUUGCAAAAGAGGAAAAGAAUAUUACGAGAAUCUUUGCAUGAAAGCCGUGAAUCAGUCAAUUGGUAGAGCGAUUCGACAUAUCAAUGAUUAUGCAGCAAUUUUAUUGGUUGACGUUCGGUAUGCAUCUAAUUCUUCAAAAAGAAGCUUUUCGCAUCCAGCUGACAAGCUUCCAAAGUGGAUUAAGGACUGUCUUAUUGCUUCAACUGAGAAUUAUGGUGAAGUCCAUCGAAGGUUGCAUCAGUUUUUUAAAGUUAACAGAAAGAUGGGACAAUGAAUCAAUAAUACAAAUUUAUGUUAAAUCUGUCUUUACUAUUGGGGGCAGAUACAUAUUGCCCUCCUUACUUUGAGAAAGGCACAACACAGACCCUUUCUUCACCGUUAUUUUCUUUGAGCGAUAAUUUCGAUUAUGGCAGUCGGUCCCAGUAGGAAAGUUUAAAUGAGUUGUAACCGAGAUUUGCGAUUGAAUUGUGGGAUCUGUGAAAUAAGCCAACUUAUACAUGUAUAUAUUGGUAUCUUUCUUUUAUGA